AUGAAAUCCCUUAUAAUCGCAGGAGCUGCUUUAUUCUCCGCUGUUUCAGGAGUUAAGGUUGACAAUGCACUCCCAGAAAAGUAACUCUCUCAAGUAGAGCAAGGAUAUGGCCUUAUGGGAGGCUUUGGUGGUCAUUUUUACGGCCAUGGUGAUAAAGGUUACAGUAAACCUUCACCACCUCAUCAUCAUGACAGAGUUACUUAUGAUUACACAUGCGACGCCAAGCACGACGAGGCCUGUUUGUACAAUGAUAUCACAUUAUACGGACCAAAGGUAGUGCUAGUAAAUCUAGACAGCAGAUGCCAAAUUAAUAGACUUGAAAGAGAAGGCAUUUUUGUAUAGACUGGUGAUUUGAUCUUCGUAACUGGCAGAGCGGAUACUUGCGCUUGGCAAGAAUGGGAUGAGCCCCACAAAGGUCCACUCGACUACGACAUCUUGUUCCCAGGUCUUGACUACGACAUGCCACUCAAGUCUGAGCCAGGCUCCAUGUAGGAGGUCGUCAUUCUCGAAGCUUUGAGCACUGGUAUGACCACCUACGAAAUCAACCUCUACUGGGGACACAAAGAAGUUAGACACGUUUCAAUCGAUGUCUAUGUUAACGAGCAACCAGCACUCGCAGUCGCCACACCAAGAUUCUCAUGCUGA